UCAGUACACAUGCGCGGAAUGCAAGGUUGUGCUAUUUUCAAACUGAGUGGCGGGUAGAACAGUGGAGUGCAGUAACGCAGCGGAAAUCCAAGACAAGUGCCGAAAAAUUAGUUUGAAAAUGUCGAGUACACUGAAAGGAAUUACUCUCAAAGGCAGCGCGGAACUGGUUGCAGAGUUUUUCUCAUUUGGCAUCAACAGUAUUCUUUACCAACGAGGGAUCUACCCUCCAGAAACCUUCACACGAGUCACACAAUACGACAUGAGUCUGUAUCUCACCACGGACACCAAGCUGAAAAACUACCUGACCAACGUGGUGACGCAGCUCAAAGAUUGGCUAUUUGACUGUACAGUUCAGAAGCUUGUCCUUGUGAUCACGUGUUUGGAGACCAAUGAGGUGUUGGAGAGGUGGCAGUUCGACAUAGAGUGUGACAAGACUGCAAAACAGAGCAGCGGUCCCAGGGAAAAGUCCAUCAAAGCCAUCCAAGAGGAGAUCCGCUCCGUAAUCCGCCAGGUCACCGCCACCGUUACAUUCCUGCCGUUACUGGAGACCGCCUGUGCGUUCGAUCUCCUCAUCUACACAGACAAGGACCUGGAGGUGCCCGAGAAGUGGGAGGAGUCUGGGCCUCAGACCAUCGCUAACUCGGAGGAAGUGCGCCUGCGCACCUUCACCACCACCAUCCACAAGGUCCAGAGCAUGGUGGCCUACAAGAGGACUGACUGCCUCUAGACCCGCCGUCCACAGCAGAGCCGUGUAUAUAUCUGUCCCUAGAGCCUCCAACCUCCCCGACGAACGGUGUAAAAAUAGUUAUCUUUGCAGUGUUGUGUUCCCCCUCCCAACUCUGUCUCUGUAGGAUGUGUACAGUGGGUGCAGAUGAGGCCUCCUCUAUACUGCCUGAUGUAAAUAACUCCGGUGUGACUGUUGUGGUCUGUUUUUCUUGUGAACACUGUCUUCUUGUCCUCUUUCUGUGUGUAAACCCCAGUUUUAGAAUCUAGUGGUUGGUUUCUGU